GUGGGUGUAGUUAGUGUGUAGUUAGUGUGUGAGCGGGGGUGGCAGGUCUGUCAGGCUGUCAAUCUCAGGGGUUGGACAAGAUGGCGGCUGUCAUGUCGCCCCUGGUUACGGUCGGUCGUCUGAUUCGGGUUUUAAACAUCGAAAACAGCCGGUUAUCGCCAGGCCUUUGCCGGGCGCCGUACAGAGCUUACACUCUUUACGCAAAAGAUAGCACUGCAACUCAGACUGGGCUUUCUCCACAAGAUUCCACUUCUGCACCAAGUACUGGAGGCCCUCUGGGGCAUUAUGAGACACUGACCGCACAGGGAAAAAUAAACAAUGAUGAGCAACAAAAAAGGGUUCUUCUAUGUUUCCAGAAGCUUCACGAAGUAGUUAAAGGAUAUAACGCCGGUCCGAAAAAUUUAUUGUCAAAGUUAUUACCAAGAUCACAACCUCCCAAAGGCCUAUAUGUGUAUGGAGGUGUUGGCACAGGAAAGACCAUGAUGAUGGACUUAUUUUAUUCUCAUGCAGAAGUUGAGAGGAAGAGCAGAGUACAUUUUCAUGGAUUUAUGCAAGAUAUACACAAAAGAAUUCAUCGACUAAAGCAGACCUUACCAAAGAGGAAGCGUGGCCUAAUGGCUAAAUCCUAUGAUCCGAUAGCCCCUAUAGCUGCAGAAAUCAGUGAGGAGGUCUGCUUGUUGUGUUUUGAUGAGUUUCAGGUUACUGAUAUUGCUGAUGCCAUGAUACUGAAGCAGCUUUUUGAAAAUCUAUUUCAAAAUGGUGUUAUAGUCGUGGCUACCUCCAACAGGUCACCUGAAGACCUCUAUAAAAAUGGGCUUCAGAGGGCUAACUUUGUGCCAUUCAUUGCUGUUCUGAAGAUGUAUUGUGACACCGUCAGGCUGGAUUCUGGGAUUGACUACCGGAAAAGAUCCCUUGCUAGAACAGAAAAACUUUAUUAUCUCACAAGUGAAGCUGAUGUGGAGGCUGUCCUGGAUAAGCUAUUUGAUGAGCUGGCUCAGAAACAAAAUGAUAUAACAAGACCAAGGAUUUUGAAAGUGCAUGGCAGAGAGCUGAGACUGAGUAAAGCCUGUGGAACCAUAGCAGACUGCACAUUUGAAGAGCUGUUUGAAAAACCUCUUGGAGCAAGUGACUAUCUGGAGAUGGCUAAACAUUUUGAUACAGUUUUUAUCCGUAACAUACCGAUGCUGAAUUUGGCAAAGAAGACACAAGCUCGACGGUUUAUCACCCUUAUCGACACCUACUAUGAUCACAAGGUACGGAUUAUUUGCUCAGCUGAGGUGAAGUUGGAAAAUCUGUUUGUUCAGAGUACUGAUGACAGUCAUGGGGAAGAAGCUAGAAUAUUUAUAGAUGACCUAAAUUUGGGUAGUACCAAACCAGAAGACCUCUCAAUUUUUUCUGGAGCAGAAGAAAUCUUUGCAUUUCAUCGCACAGUCUCAAGACUCACAGAAAUGCAAUCGGAAGAGUACUGGAAUGCAGGAGAUAGGAGAAAGAAAUAGCUGUUCAGAAUUUUUGCACAUUGAAUUGUAAAUCCAUAAAACAUUUUCCAAACCACUUCAAUUUUACGGGUAAGAACUGAAGUACACAGAUUAUUUGUACUUGUUCAUCAGCACUUUAGGCUAAAGUCAAUUUAGCAUCUUUCAUAAACUGUAUUCAGAGAUGUAGAGGUGCCAUGCUGAUGUGCAUGGUCUUUGACUUUCAAGGCCAGUUUCUGAUGGCACUAUUGUACCAUCAAGCUAACUCUAUCAUAAAAGUAAGACAGGUAGAAUGAGAAAAGGCCUUUCCAGCCACCAGGCUCACUCCUUCCCCAACCAUGUGCACUUUACUCAGUUUACUCAGUGAUUGUUUCUGCGGUUUUAAUUUAAUCAUCUAAGGGGAAGUUUUACCUGAAUAUUGAUACUGUAUUUAAUCUUUCAAAAUAAAAUUUCUCCUUGUAUCCUUUGACAACUCAAGUAACCAUUAUUCUCUUUGGGUGGGAUUAAUUUAAAGAAGUAACGCAACCCCAGAGGGUUAUAACCUUGAGUGCCAAUUUGAACUGAUUUUCAAGAUCAACUUCUUAAUUGUGAAUUCAUUAUAAUUAAUAAUGAAGUGCCAGCAAUUCCCAAAUAGAGAUUUAUGCGACAAGAGAAUACUGCAUCUUAAUAGAAAAGAUGAGAGGACCAACCAAACCUAACAGAAUCAGUCCUAAUCACAUAGUGCCAACCUUUAUGGGUGGUGUUGACAUUGGCAAGUCUUAAGCUUAGAUAUGUCUACCAUCUAUCUACCUGAGGCAGCAAGUAUUGGAAGUUAAACAUGUGCAGAUCAUAUAAAAGAGAAUUGGGAAGAUUUCAGGGCCUUGUUGGAAAGUUGCAAAUAUAAGGAUUUCAUCUUUAAUCACUGGAUAUUUAUACUUGGAUCCAAUAUGUCCUGCAAUUUAUCAUACAGUUGUUCAUUAUUAAACUAUAUUGUAUUAUAAAUGUCAGCUUUAAUAUUUGAGGUGGGCUGAGAUAUGGAGUGGGUUUAGAAGCUGGUUGGAACCUAGCCCAGAAUGAUGGAAUGAAACUAUUCCCUACCUAUAAGAAGAAACAACCCUACAGUUUGAACAAUCCACCUCCAAUUCAUAGUGAGUUCUAGUCCAUGGCUCAAAACUGCCUAUUGUUUGACAGAAUUGUCAGUAAAUUGUUGAUCUCAUGCAGAGAGGUUGAAUGUGUAGAAAAUCGUAUGGAUUCUGUGUAGUGCUCUUCUGAGGCUGUGAGUUACGACGCAUUGUUGGGAUUAGAAUAGAGGAGAUUUUACUUUACAUCUUGCCAUGUUGUACAUGAUGUUGUCAUGGUUGACAUCACGUCAUGUAGAACAUGGCUAGAGGUAAAGUAAACUUUGACAUUGGGGGCCCAAAAGUAUAAAUGUCCAUUCCUCAGCGUUGAUAUCACUCAUCUUAUGUAAGACAAAAACAAAUAAACUUAAUAUUUUAAUUUCUGAAGUAGAAAACUCAGUACGUUUCAGUGAUACUUAUUGAAACUAAAAACCUUACAAUGAAUUAUGGAUUUAUGAAUGGCAAAUAGUAAACCAUUAGGUAGCUUGGGUUCCCAUUUUGAACUAUUAUAAAAUAAGAAGCUAUAUUGGAAAACAAAUGUAUUUUCCUGUGUCUGGUACUGUAAUAUGUACUGGUUAUUUAUUGCAAUAUCUAAUAAUCUAUGUAUUAAAGUUAUUGAAUUUAAAUAUCCUGAAGGAAUCAAUCUGGACGACACUGACGUUGAGAAGAAUACUAAAUCCUGUAUGUAAUAUCCAGUAAAAGUUUUAUUAUGUGAUUACUGUAAGUAUUGCUGUAUCAGGAGCUGGAUAUUUGCCUGCACUUCACACUACAGCUCAUACAUUAAAUUCAAGGGAGAAGGUAGAUCAGAUUAAUUUUGGAAUCGAUUGUGGAUAAAUAACUUUUUUAAAAAAAGCACGGUUUUAAAGUUUUUUGUUAAAUUUCUUCAUUUAUUUGAGUACUUUGAAUAACCUUGUGAUUUACAACAAUGUGCAUUUAUAAAGCGCCCUUCACGCAGGGAAGCGGCCUGAAGAGCUUUAAAACAUUA